UGACAAGAUUGACAUUUGAGUUUGAGGUUUUGAGUUCGGUGGGUUGUUAUUUGCUGUCGUUCGAUUAACGAAUGAUGAGUAAAAUAAGGUUUUUUACAAUUAAUUACCCAUUGAUAUUGUAAAUAUAUAACCGAAACGAUGUCAGAUAUUAAUAUGGAAAAAUUCGCUGUUCCGGAAUUCAAUCCUGAACGCUUCGUGAAGGAAUUGGCGAAGUCUUGUGUCGGAGGGGAGGAGCUUCAUCAGCAGAAGGAGAAGAUUCAAACUUUAGCCGAAGAAACCGCAAGUGCCCUCAAGAAAAAUGUUUACGAAAAUUACAUGCAAUUUAUCGAGACUGCAACCGAGAUAUCCCACCUGGAAGCUGAAAUGUACAAACUUUCCCAUUUGUUAAGUGAACAACGAACGGUGCUUACUACGUUAUCCCAUGCGUCAAUUCUAGGUAACGAGAAUACUAUAUCACGUGAAUCACUUGAUAAUCACGAUGUAGAAGCCGAAAAGGCCGAGGAGCAACGAAGAAAUAAGUUGAUUAUUAUAUCAGAGAAGGUUGAAGGAUGUAUGAAUUUGUUAGACGUUCCAGAUAGAGUUUUGCUUCACGAAGGUGAUUUAUUAGAAAUAGACGCGGACGAGAACACUGCACUACAGAGAAUGCAUGUCUAUUUAUUCAAUGACUGUCUUAUGUUGACUUCCUGGAUAUCUAACAGACGGGGUGCCACAAGAUAUCAAUUUCAGUGUAGCUAUCCCAUUAGCAGCUUAGCUGCAGUUAAUGUACACGAUUUGGGCAAUGUAAAACAAGCUUUUAAAGUAUUAGUUUUCCCUGAUACCAGAGUUUUUCAAUGUAAUAGUCUAACAAUAAAGAAAGACUGGCUUGAUAAGUUUGAAUUAGCUAAAAAGAUGCAUAUUGAAAAGGAGAAUUCUAAACAGAAAAAGAAGGAAAGUCUAGACAAACCCAAGUCAGAGUCUCUAGAUUCUCCCAGUCUAUCAGUUGAGAAACUUCCAUCUCCUCAAAUACCUGUUCUGCCUGAAUGGUUGGCUGAUGUCACAGAAGAGUUAGAUGUGUUGAUAGUUGAGAGACAUUUUCAAAAAACUUAUGAUUUAAUGGUAUCAGCUCAAAAGUCAUUAAACACUGAAGAGUUUAAAAACCAUCCACAGAGGGCAGACAUUUUGAAAAGAAUUGAACAAAAGCAGAAGGUGUUGAUUGAGAUUCUAUUGAAGGAGUUAGAUGUUACACACAAUUGGAGUCCCAGGGGUGGUCUUAGGUCAUCUCGUCACCCUGUAAUAAUACUCAAUAAGUUUAACAUGACCAGUCAAGCAUGUGAGCUAUUUCUAGCAAUAUGCAGCCAUACUGUUAAGGUGCAUGUCAAAGGAGUGCAACUAGAAGGAUCCAUAAACAGUUAUGUGAAGCAAGUGGGUGAAGUAUUCUUCUGUUCAUUGAGUGAUGCCUUAACAGAGUUCAUUACAUUAUUUCCUAAGAAUAAAAUUAGUGCAUUCAUAGUUUGGGCUAGUAUGCAACUUAGGAUUCUAAUGAGUCAACUUAUAAAGCAAAUAUUUACUCCCCAGUGUGCUUUGGAAUCAGUGUUAGAAUGUGUUAGUAGUUUGAGAGAACAGUGUUUGCUGUUUUGUGAAUUUGGACUCGAUUUGAGGUUUCAGAUGGACAGCUGUCUCAGAUCUCCAAUAAUUAAGGCAUUGAAAGAAUAUAAAGAAAAAGUACUCGAUUGUAUGAAAACAAAAGUGUCUGACGAUAAAUGGACUCCAAUCAAUAUGCAUACAAAAGCUGGAGUGAAUAAAUUUUUGUUGCAGAUGGAAAAUUUGGGCCUUAUAUUAGCUAAGUACAUUAUAAAUGAAACAUGGGUAGACUUAUCAAGUAGUACAGUAUGGUUCGCACAAUCUGUUAUAACUGUACAGAAAAUUGGACUGAAAUUGGUUACAAAAGAUAUGAUGGAUGUCUUAGAUGAAAGCAUCCAUGCUAUAUUCAAGUCUCGCCUUAUGCUCUCUAUAGGUAACGAUUCCAGCUAUGCACAGAAAAAUUUUAAGUUCAUUUUAGAUACUGUGAUGCCCCUCAUGCUUAGGUGUUACAAGGAGGAGGUAGGCUAUGAUAAUGAGAAACUUGUGACCCUUGCAAAGAAGUUUGGCGUCAACAUUGCACCUCCAAAGAAAUCCAACAUCACAAAAUACACUAGUAACGAAUAUUUAUGAGAUUAGUCAUAAUAUUGUAUGAUGUGGUUGGUGUAUAAAAUUAUUUUUAUUAUGCUGAAGCUUUAAAGUUGUAAUAUAUAGAUAGUAAGCAUGCAGGAAUUUUGAAAAUUUAUUUAAAAACUGAUCAAAUUGAAAUUUAUAUUAUAUGCAAGUUAUAAAUAUGAAAUUUUAAUAAACCAAGAUUUAUGGUUCA